AUGUGCUCUGCAGAAUGAGCUCCUUUUCUGUGUCGCUGCUUCUCGUUCCCUGCCUUUUGUGGAGCUCGGAAGGAGUAAUGGUCCAGGAUGGUCCCUUCAGCUUCCCCCUAGAGUCUGUGAAGCUUCUGAAGGCCAUGAUCGAUGGUACCCGGCUGACGAAGUCGAGCCCAGCCUCCGUGUGCACAAACCCCGGGCUGCCAGAGGAGCUGCAGCCCUUGUGCCAGAGCGAGGAAGCGAGCGCAGUCUUCUCCAGGCUCAUCGACAUCAUCACUCCGCCAGACCCGUGUGAGAUCUGUGUCAACGCUGCGUGUACCGGCUGCCUGUAGCACGUUGAUGAGUAACACACAUCUGGAGCUGUGACCAGGUGAGCGCAGUGGGGGGCGCACGCACUCGGAUGGACCCAAAAGGCCGCAGCAAACGCACCUCUAAUGUGGAGGGAAGGGCUCCAGACACCUGGACAGAUUUCAAACAUCCUGGACAGCUGGACACCUCAGCAGUGUGGACUGUACCACAGGAAAUGAAUGAAAGAAUGAAUGAAAGAAUGAAUUUCAGUGGUGUUUGUGUAACUGUUGAAUGUGGGGUGUAUUCGAAAUUAUGUGGCAUAUGUUAUAAUAGAUCAUGAUAUAUUUCUCACUGGCAACUUUAGAAAAACUAUAAACUUAGAUUGAUUACAACAUAAAUAGUACGGGGGGGUGCAGUGGAGCAACGGGCUUGGUCGGGUCCUGCUC